AUGUCGGCUCAAUUACAGACCCCGUUGCCGCAAGUCGGGAAGCUUGUGAGCGUUGUUCCCGUCGGCCUGAAAGAAGCUGCGCUCGACUCCCCGACCUUUCGCGCUACGACCCUCCACCUUUGUGACCAACUCGAGUUCAUUGAGAAAUGGCUGGACGGAUAUGCCAGAGCUGCAACGAAACUCUCAUCUGAGCUUCUAGCUCUGGAGAAUGUUGUCAGCAGUUUCCUCUCCUACUCCACUCACCCCUUGGUAGUCUCCGAAGCGGUGGUUGAUCACGACUAUACUUUGCUGGCGAUGAGGAGGUGCGGGGAGAGCGCAAAGGACCUGUGGAGUGGGUUAGUGACAACGACUAAGAAAAUGGGACAAUUAAUUUCUGAACCCAUCACUACCUUCAUCCAUGAGGAUCUACGGCACUUCAAGGAUACACGCCGUGCCCUCGAAAAUACCCAGAAACAGUACGACUACUUGCAAGCGCGUUAUGCCUCCCAGUCAAAAUCAAAAGAUACAUCUGCUCUACGGGAGGACGCAUUCCAACUUCAUGAAGCCCGCAAGGCCUACCUCAGAGCGUCAAUGGACUUUUCCGUCCAGACACCUCAAAUUCGAAAUGCCCUGGAUAAACUUCUCGUCCGUGUUUCAUUCGAUCAAUGGCGAGAGUUCCGAGGAUUCCAUAACAACAACAAUGCGACCUUCUCUAAGUGGGCGAAUGAGAUGGAACGUGUCAAGGGUUGGGUCCAUGAGAUGGAAGGAAGCGAUAGGUCCUCUAAAAAGGAACUAUUGGCGACAAGAAAGCAGAUUGAAGAGGCUGCUGAAAUUGUGGCAAGGCCCUCUCGCGAACUAGAGGAUUAUUCUGUCUCCACUGUUCCCUACCUUGGUUCUCGUCCUAUGUCAGCGCUCAACAUGAGCAAGGAAGCAAAGCCAGAAAAACAAGGCUGGAUCAACCUAAGAACCUUGUCCGGAAAGCCCACUCGUACAGCUUGGGUGAGACGAUGGGCCUUCUUGAAACAUGGCAUUUUUGGGUGCCUUGUUCAAGGUGCACGUACUGGUGGUGUCGAGGAAAGUGAACGCAUCGGCGUAUUACUUUGCAGUGUUCGUGCUGCAUCCCAAGAGGAGCGACGAUUCUGUUUCCAAGUGAAAACCAAGAACAAUAACAUAAUAUUGCAAGCCGAGACACAGAAGGAAUUGAUUGAGUGGAUCGGUGCUUUUGAAGCCGCCAAACGAAAGGCUCUUGAGAAUCCGAGCAGCACUGACUUGUCUGUAUCUGGAAAGAUGACAGUGCAAGACCCUGCUUUUGCCAUUUCACAGCCCCCAGCUCCCGAGUUUACGGCCGACCCAAGUGAUUCCCUCACACCUCAUCCAAACGACGAGUCAAAUGGGCCGGACCGCAGUGCAACACUUCCAAUCCCAGACCGUGAUGGUCUUGCUUACAGAGCUAGCACUGAAAUCAGUAGUCGACGACUCACUGGUAAUGACAGCGAAGGAUCUACGAGAGCACACAUUAUCCAGAAGCUGGACCUUCAUCGCAAGUCGAAUAACGCCCCGCCAGCAUCACCCUUGAUACCGGGUCCUGCGGGUGGAAUUGCCAGCCUCAUUUCGGCCAGUCAUAAUAUUUUGCCCUAUAAUGGUGCUAGCGUUGCCAACGUGAAAGACAGAGAUGCCGGCCGAGGACGAAGCCUGAGCAAUUUAGAUGAGCCUGGAUCUAGUCUUGCCCCGCCAACUCUUGCUAACCCACCAGCUCCCACAAGUAUGAGCAAAGCUGCAGUGGUUGUGAGUGGUGAAAGGGGCAUUGGACUAGGCAUGGUUGAUAGCUCGGGUGGCAUGCCGAGUGGAAUGAUGGCAAAUCUUUGGGGAAGUUCCAAUUGGGGCUUCCUUAACAAAUUCCAGUGGGAAAGGGCCCAACAGGCCAAUGGAAAUCAUAUGGAUGAUGAUAUGCCCUCCUCUCCAAUGAGCGACUCAUCAAAACGAACAAUUGUUCCCCAAACUGACACCUCUCGUCCAAUGUCUGGGCCGCGUCACAGACAGACUGUCAGUCUUGACGGCGAGGCUGCAUCUAAGAUUCAACAAGCGGCCCAAGAUGCAGUCAAGAAUAAUGCACGAGAAAGAUUUCCGGCCAUUUACCCCCAAACAUUGAGAACUCAGGAUGCUCAGUUCCGAUUGCUUUUCCCAGAUGUCAAGCCAGAGGAAUCUUUGGUCCUCGUUUUCAGAGCAACCUGGAGUCCAAACGAUUCACAGGAAUUCCCUGGAAGAGCCUAUGUCACAACUACGAACAUCUAUUUCUACAGUCAUCAUUUUGGACUUGUAUUGACAACAAGUGUUAGCCUAGACAGUAUCAAAGAGGUCACAGCGGCUACUGGUCGAGAUUGCGAUUUUCUCUUCCUCCACACAAUCCCACCAUUGGGUAGUGAUACCCCUGGCCGAAUCGCAAUCAAGACGUUCCUCGAACCGCUCAAGCUUCUCCAGAAACGUCUAAGCUUUUUGAUUCACGCAUCCAUUUCUGUAGAGCAAUUAAGCCUCGAGGAGAUGUUGAAAGAAUUGAUCAAAAUGGACAAUGGAAGCAAUAAUCGCGCGCCAAGCGCAGACAGUUGGGAAGAUAUUUCAUCUGAUACAUUCAAUGAUCCACGCCUUGCCACCGUUGGCCGUGACAUUCGCGCUCCUAUCUACAUUGACAAAGACCUUGAUUUGGACAGAGGUCAAAAUGGGCGAGGGCGAGACAUUCCAAAGUUCAGACUUCCUACCCAGCCUGUGGAGUAUGUGCCUCAGGGCGAUAUUGCACUCACAGCUGAAAAGGUGCUUGAUGUUAGCCCGAAGGCACUGUUCCACAUCCUCUUUGGAGAUAAAGGUGCCGUCUGGCAAAUUAUGCUUCAUGAAAGACAAGCCAGAGAUAUCAAACAAGGCCCUUGGACAAGUAACGAAUCACACCACCUCAGACGAGACCUCCACUACAACAUUGCAAAACCAGACGUUUUCGGUCAAACUCGGGAUAACCCAGUCUCGGAUUACCAAAUCAUUGACGUGCUCAACGACCAUCUGUGCUAUGUGAUCACCGAUAAGCGCACUCCCUGGCAUCUUCCUCUUCGACGACACUUCAGAUUGGUCAGCAAGAUUGUGAUUACUUUUGUUGCUAAGUCGAAGUGUAAGCUUGCUAUUUACACGAAGGUUGAAUGGCUCAAGUCCAGUUACGGUCUAGGAGGUAUGAUCGACGUAAGGGCCAAUGACGAUUUGAAAGAAGAUGCAUUGGAUUUGAUCGAUUUGGCAAGUGACCAGGUACGCCGUCUAGGUGCACAUAGUCGGACCAAGAAGGCCAUCACCAUAUUUGGUCAUGUUGGACGCCAGGGAAAUGUUUCUCAUUUCAAUGGUGUGGGCACGAACGCGAAACUGCAGCCCCGAAGGCCAAGAGUCCAGCGUACUCUGCCUCAGAUGGUCACGGAGACAUCCUUAUCUUUCCUGGAAAGCACAUUGUCAAUGAUUAUGAUGGGAUUCAUCGAUGUCGUUCGCUGGUCAUGGAAGACCGCGAGCGCACACAAGAUCAUUCUGGUGCUUUUGCUCACCAGUGCGCUCAUGAAUGGCUAUUAUACAUCACGCGAUGGCUGGGAUUGGUGGCACGAGCGACACGCAGUGAAUUUCAUGGCUAGACUUGGGGUUCAGCCUAACAUGGUCAUGACCAAAUCCAUUUAUAUCCGAGACAUUGAUGAGGCAGUUGCAAACACGACGAUCUGGUCUCAGACCGGAAACGCUAGCAGUUGCUUCGGAGCUUUCCACGAGCAUACCAUGCGACAUGCGGAAUUACCCUUGUCCCUGAGUACCUCAGGACCUCGAGAUGCAGUCACUAAGAGUGCAACGAAACGAUUCCAGCAGACUCGUGAACGACUUGGAACAUAUCGCCAUAAUCUCCUGGUGUCGCUGCGCAUUGUGAACAAUAUUGAGAAGGAGGUCAUUCAGACCGAAUGGGAGCGCUGGCUCGGCGAGGAAGUUCGUCGUUGUCGCCAAGUCGAGAUCCUCCUUGGAGGUGGCAGUAGCGGCGAACAAGACGAAGCAGAAGCGCAGGCUCAACGUAUCUUCGCUGAAAACACGGACAAUGUAAAGCAAUGGUACGACAGAUAUUGUUCAAGCUGUCGACAAGAACAAGAACAAGCUCGAAAUAACGAGGGCGAAAACUUGCUGGGAUGA